CUGCAAACAGACGCUUCCCUGGCCAGCACUGAUCUUCUGAGAGCAACACUCAUUUAUGAGCACAAACACAGAUAUUUGUAAGACAGCCUGACAUUAUGUCCAUGUAGCAAAACAACAGAACAGUUCUCGCCCGGGGCCUAUGCCCUCCCCACUGAUGGGCUUUUGAGCAAGUUUACACCAUCACCCAUUGAGUCUUCCUGGAAAGAGAGCUUAAAUGCAAUCAGAAGUUUGUUGCAACCAUAGCUCCCAUUCCACUAUCAUACCAAUGGGUAUGCCAUGACUCGCAGGUCGAUACUGAUGUUACAGGGUUCAUAACUGGCUAGGACGCUUGAUAACUCUUUCAGCUGCAAGGUGCUGGCUUGAUUUUCGUGGUGUUUUGCAAAUGGUGGUGUAUUGUCAGCAUUAGAGUCCUCCCGUUUAGUUCUAAUGGUCAAUCAGAAGCGGGCCCCGAGCCAGCUAGAAACCUAGGAAGCAGAACUAAGAUGUGCCCAAGGUUGGGGGAGCUGUCAGUUCAGAGGCGGAAGUUCUUUACCCGCCAUCUUUCUUCCUGGCGCGGCCAUCCUAAGGAGUGUCAGCGGAGGAAGUCUUGGGGGCUCAGCCUAGGUAGCAGGAAGAGCACCGACCCCAGGAGCAGAGGUGAGGCCGCAGGCAGCCGCAGGCGGAGACAUGGACUGUCUGACUUUUGAGGAUGUGGCCGUGAGCUUCACCUUGGAGGAGUGGGAUUUGUUGGAUUCUUCCCAGAAGCAACUCUACACAGAUGUGAUGCAGGAAACCUUCAAAAACCUCGUUGCUAUAGGACAAACUGAGGAAGGCCAGAGGAUUGAAGAUGAUGAACAUUAUAGGAGAACCCUAAGAAACGAAGUGGUGGAAUUGCUGUAUGGACCCAGUGAAGGUAGACAAUGUGAGAAAAUCUUCAGCCAGUUUCCAGGUACUGUUGUGAACAAGAAAACCCCUCAUGGAGGAAAGCUGUGUGAAAGCAAUUUAAGUGAAGACGUACUUAUUGGUCUUCCACCCCUACGUAUGCAGAACCCUGGUCAAACAGGACAUAGACCAUACGGAUAUGAGAUGUACGAAGACAGUCUCUAUAAAUUUAGGGAAUGUAGGAAAGCCUUGAUGUAUCCUGAAUACCUUCUGAAGCAUGACAGUAAUCACACCAUAGAGAAGCCAUAUAAAUGUCAGCAAUGUGGAAAAGCCUUUUCUUCUUCAAGUAAGGUUCGAAGACAUGAAAGAACUCAUACUGGUGAGAAACCCUACAUAUGUAACCACUGUGGGAAAGCCUUCCCUAGUCGUGGUUCCCUUCGACGCCAUGACAGGAUUCACAGUGGAGAGAAACCGUUUAUUUGUAAGUAUUGUGGAAAAGCUUUCACUGGUCAAAGUUCGCUCCCUCGACAUGAAAGAAUUCACAGUGGAGAAAAACCCUAUGUGUGCAAGUACUGUGGGAAAUGCUUCAUUUCUUCAAGUACCUGUCGAGUGCACGAGCGGACUCACACGGGAGAGAAGCUCUAUGUCUGUAACUUGUGUAAUAAAGCCGUCACCACUCGCACUUCCCUUCGAAACCAUGAAAGAAUUCACAGCGGGGAGAAGCCCUAUGUCUGUGAGCAGUGCGGGAAGGGUUUCAUCUCUUCGGGUACCUUUCGAAUACACGAGCGAAUUCACACCGGAGAGAAGCCCUAUAAGUGUAAGGAGUGUGGGAAAGCCUUCACUAUACAGAGUUCUCUUCAGCGCCAUGAAAGGAUUCACACUAGGGAAAAGCCCUACGACUGUAAGGAAUGUGGGAAAGCCUUCAGUGGUUAUAGUUCUCUUAGACGCCAUGAACGGAUUCACAGUGGAGAAAGACCCUAUGCAUGCAAGCAGUGUGGGAAAGCCUUUCCUGCUUUGGGUGAUUGUCAGAGACAUGAACAAAUUCACACGGGUGAGAAGCCCUUCAUAUGUAAGCAGUGCGGGAAAGCCUUCACUCGUUGUGGUUCCCUUAGAAUACAUGAAAAGACCCAUACUAGAGAGAAUUCUUAAGCAUAGAAUGCAGAACUGCCUUCGUAUUGCAUGUCCCUUCUAUAAAUAGAACUUGACAAUGUUUAGGGAAGAAAACAAGUAUCAAUAUGAAGUUGUGAGGACUGCCACUAAUCAUAUUGUUAAAUUAACAAACAUAAAGGAACAAACUAAGAAUAGAAUACACCCAAUAUCAAAACUUGUACAGAAACAUCAGAAAGUUGAAGGUUGUAAGAAAUAGUUUUCAAAUUCUGUAAAAUUCUUCAGGUAGUGGAGUACUACACAUAUGCAUUAUGAAAGGUCAAUGCGAAGUAAUUUAUGCAGAAUGCUCCAAAAGUUAAAUAACCUGGAGGAAAUGUCCAAAAAUUAUGUUAUAUUGUUAUUUGAAAUAGAUGUAUGAACUAUUUAUUUCUAAGUUUAACUCUUGUAUGUAAAUGGUGGCAUGACAUAAUUCUCUGAAGUUUGCUUAAACAGUGUGGCAAGGGUUAAUAGGUAGUAUCUUUUUUUUUUUUAACCAUGUUCCCUACUAUUGUGAAGAAUUUUGGUUGAUUGAAUGGUGGAAUGUCCUUCCGAAAUGUAGUUAUAGCGGUAGUUCACAGUCCUAGUGCAGGAUUCUCCAGAAGGAUGGGUUUGCUCUAAAUUUGACAUCUAAUAUGGUACCGUUUCUCUCGUGGGUCUAGGAGUCAGGGCAGGGAAUCAUCCCUGGAACUCACAAACUUUUGCUUCCUGUUCUACUGAUCUCAUGGCUCAAUGCAGGGAUGUCCUACUACCAGGAGGAGCAGCCAUUCCUUUGAACUGCAGGCAAAGACACCCUUGCACACCCACUGUGACCCAUCCCCAUUUACUCUAGGUUCCUUGUGCCCUUGAGUUAACUAAAAUCAGUUCUGUUACCAGGAGUGGGGCUCAACACUACCAGAGAGGAAUGAAACUGCAUUGCAGCAAAGGAGAUGCGCCAGUUAUUUUUUGUCUACUUGACACUAUGAGAGUUAUCUGGAAAGAGAAUCAAUUGAGGGAUUGCCUCCAUUAGAUUGGCCUGCAGGCAAGUGUAUGGAGACUUUCUUGACUAAUGAUGAGUGUGCAGGGCCACUGUGGGUGGCACCACUCCUAGGUAGUAGUUGUGUGUUGUCUAAGAAAGUGGGCUGUGCAAGCCAGAAGGAGCCAGCUGAUAAUCACUUUUCCUUCAUCGUCUCUGCUUAGGUCCUACUUCCAAGUUCGUCUUGAAAUUCUACCCUCGCUUUCUUAAUGUUGAAGUAUAAAGUGUAAUCCAAAACAAACCCUUUCCUCCUCAAGUUGACUUUGGUCAGUGUUUUAGCAAUAGCAGCAACAAACUGCACUAGGACAAGGGGAACAGGAGACUAUUCCUGGAUUCCCUUUGUAUUACCGUGUCUGGUGAUCAAAACCCAUGGGAAGCUACAACUCAGUAGUCCAAACAGGGUAAUAAAUAGCUCAGAUACUUCAAGAGUAGAAUUCCAGGUCACUUUUCAAGGUAAAAAGCUAGCUAAUUUGGCGGCAUGAUGCUUUUAUUUAUUUACAAUCUUUUUGUGCUACAAUUUAUUUUAAAUUAAAAAUUUAAAAACCAAGAUGCUUAGUGCUUUCUGAAGAUGAAGACAUACAAAAUGACACCAGAAAAAAGAUACUUAUAAAUAUAGCAUACCUAUGGGACAAGAUUCUGUCUUAUUUUGUUAAGAAUAUAUAUGCUGAUAGGUGUGGUGGCAUAUGCCUUUAAUCUCAGCACCAGGAAGCAAAGGCAAAUGAGUUUCGAUGAGUUCAAGGCCAAUUUGGUCUCCACAGUUAGCUCCAGAACAGCUAGGGAUGCAUAGUGAGAUCUGAUUCAAAAACAAAAAGAAUAUAUGUGCUUAUUUUUAUAGUGUGAUGGUUAAUGUCGAUAGCCAGCUUAAAAAAAAAAUCCAGAACCACAUGCGAGACGGCCCCUGAGCACGCCGGUGUGCAGUUAUUUUGACUGAAGAGUGAGGUGAAAGGACUCACCCACUUUGGGAAGUGCCAUUCCCUGCCUGGGACCAGGAGUGUAUAAACGUGGAGAAAGUGAGCACAAGCAUACGUGCAUUAACUCAUUGUUCUCAGCCUCCCCCUCCACCCCCCGUGGAUGUAACGUGAUUAGCUGCUCCAGGUUUCUGCCAUGUUGGCUUCCUCACGGUGAUGGAAUUAUGAGCCAAGAAACCCCCUUUCCUUUAUAUUGCUUUUACCUGCAUAUUUUGUCACUACAACAGAAAAUGAAGCUGAAACAUAUGCACACAUGUGUUAAGAAACUGGUCAUGUUUUCUUUCAUGGGUGUUCCUUUACCAUGGAUGAUAUUUAUUGAGUUAAUGUCAGCAAUGUUUUUGCUAUGUAUUGUCAUAUUUAAUUAUGGUAUAAUAAAUGAAUAAAGUUUCUUCAGGGGACUUUGACGCCUAUUCUAAGGAAACUAUGUUUUCAGUUGUACAUGAAAAUUAUGUUAGGUAAAAUACCUUAUUGUCUUUCUUUAGAAAUUGUGUAUAACAUAGGAUGUUGUUGGGUAUUAAAUUAAUGAAGGAUGGACUUGGAGUGGGUGGUCUCUGUUAUCCACUUGGCUGGUGAAAUACACCUGUGUAUUUUGAUGGGGACAUUUCCACAGGGGUGACAUGCGGGACAGUGACUGAAGGAGAAAACUCACAUUUAAUGUGGGCAACAGCUUCCAGCAGCGUUUCAGAGGCAUCUUAGGAAAAGGCAGCAGAUACACACCUGCCUUCCCUUCCAGCUGAGCUCAUCUGUCAGUACUGCUAAGAUCAUCUGCUGAUACCUGACUCCAUUUUCUUCUUCCUCUCAACAUGGCCUCAAUUUGAGUGACUCUCCAGGAGUUUCCAAACUUUUAGCCUCAGAUUGAGGCUCCUGAGGCAUUUGGCUUCUUGGAGUGGGCAUCUACCAAGUUUUCUUCUUCCCUGGUGUGCAGCCAGCCCUUUUUGGAUCUAUCAUAUACAACAAUCUAGUAAUGCCUUCUAUACCAAUUUCCUUUGGAAAACCCUGACUAAUGAGCUCAUUGGUUCAAAGAUGGGUUUUUCUCUUUUUCAGUUUGCAAAAUGUAUUCAAUUUUUUAAAAAAUGUUAAAGACAUGUACAGAAUCGGG